GCCACCACCCAAUCACAUCACUCCCCUGCUGUAUAAAAGCUCCUCUGUGAGGCGGCCCGACCUGAUCGAGCCAUGGCCUUCCUGUGGAUCCUCUCCUGCCUCGCCUUCAUUGGCGCCGCCUACGGGUGCGGCGUUCCCGCCAUCCCUCCUGUCAUCACGGGCUAUGCUCGGAUUGUGAACGGUGAGGAGGCGGUGCCUCACUCCUGGCCCUGGCAGGUGUCCUUGCAGGACUACACCGGCUGGCACUUCUGUGGCGGUUCUCUCAUCAAUGAGUACUGGGUGGUGACGGCUGCUCACUGUGAUGUGUCGUCCUCAGACCGUGUGAUCCUCGGAGAACAUGAUCGUUCCUCCAACACUGAGAACAUUCAGACCAUGACCGUCGGCAGGGUGUUCAAGCACCCGAACUACAAUGGAUUCACCAUCAACAACGACAUCUUGCUCGUCAAGCUGGCCACCCCUGCCCAGCUGGGCACUCGUGUUUACCCCGUGUGCGUGGCCGAGACCACAGAUAACUACCCCGGAGGCCUGAAGUGUGUGACUACUGGCUGGGGUCUGACCCGCUACAACGCUGCUAACACGCCCCCCCGUCUGCAGCAGGCCGCCCUGCCACUGCUGACCAAUGACGAGUGCCGUAAUUACUGGGGCAGCAAGAUCAGUGAUGUGAUGAUCUGCGCUGGAGCCUCUGGAGUCUCCUCCUGCAUGGGCGACUCUGGUGGUCCUCUGGUCUGCCAGAAGUCUGGAGUCUGGACUCUGGUCGGUAUUGUGUCCUGGGGCAGCGGAACCUGCUCCACCUCCACGCCAGCUGUGUAUGCCCGCGUCACCAAGCUGCGCGCCUGGAUAGACCAGACCAUUGCUGCCAACUGAGGAGCGGCUGCACAUCGACCUCAGUCUCAAUAAAACACAGAAACUCUGAAACAGA